AUGUUUGAAAAUAAACGUGCCAUAAAUGGUAUAGAAAAUGAAAUAAAUGUUAUAGAACAUGAAAUAAAUGUAUAUAACCAAAAAGAAACAAAAUUUGAAGAGUCUGAAAAAUUUAGUAAUAAAGAAAAUGUAAAUUAUAAUAAUUUUACUAGCUUUGUUCAUUUAAUAUGUAAAGUGAAAAAUGUGAGGAAACAUGGAAAAUCUUUGUUUUUUUGUGAUGCAACAUUAAAUGAUAAUUGGGACAAUAAUAAUAAUAAUAAUUUGUUUUUUUACAAAUAUCAAUGUUUGGGCAGCGCGCGUAAGGAUAACAAUGCAAAUAUACACGAAACAAAUAAAAGAUCGAAUAUUGACAAAUACUAUUUAGUAAAAAAUAUAUUCAAUGAAAAUGUAAUAACAAAAAAGGGUAAUAUACAACUAAUGAUAAACAAAUACUUUUAUGUAAAUGAAGAAAAGUUUGUAUUAUAUGAAAAUUAUUUAUUGAAUAAAUACAAAAAAAAAUAUUUAUAUGAGGAUAAGGAGACAAAGUUGAUAAACUUUUCUCUGUACUAUUCAUUAAAUUUAUCUAAGAAGUAUUUUUCGAACUUGGAAAAUGAUGAGAAUAAAGUGGAUGAAAAUGAUGAUACUGAAUAUAAAAUUCCAUUAGUAUUAUUGAAUGAAUAUAUAAAACAUGACAUGACCAAAAAAUUAAUAAAAACGGAUUCUUUAUUAUACAUUAUUGGAUUCCCUGCUUUGACAAAUACGAAUGAAAAAUCAAUAAUAGUAUUUUCUUCCUACUUGCUAAAGGUGAAUUAUGAAUACUUUAAUAUUAGAGAACUACUGGCUUUGUUUGGAAAAAAACAAUUUUCCGUUUUAACAUUAUGUAGAUCUUUAAUAGUAAAGGAUGAUUACAUUUAUAACAUGUACAAAAAUGAGUGUGCGAAAAAAAAACAAUACAUAUUGAAUAUUGUAUAUAAAAAUAAAAAUUACGAAAGUAUAUCCAACCAAAAAAUGAAUAAUUUUGAAAUUUUUAUAAUUAAAAUGAUUGAUGUCAUACCCAAAUUAUUUGAAAUACAAUACAGUGACUUUAAAUAUAAAAUAAAUGAUAUUCAGAAUACAGAAAACAAAAAUAUAUUAUGUAACGAUUUCAAUCUGAAUGCAAUUAAUGACAUUACACUAACUGAGGAUGGAAUAAUCCCAAAUAAAGCUAGUGAUAAUAUGAAUGAAGAUGGGGAAAAAAAUGAAAAAAAAAAGAAGAAAAAAAAAAAAAAAAAAGACAUAGUAUCCUAUAUGAACAAUAAAAAAAUUCCACAAAUACACUGGAUGAUUAAUCAUAUAAAAGAAAUUCUCAAAGAGAUAAAAAAGAAAAAUUCAAAAACAAAUUUCAGUUUUUAUUACGAAGAUAUAAUUUCAAGAAUCGGCGAUUUAGUUAAUAAAUAUAUAGAAAGUGAUAGUACACUUUUUGAAAAUUAUUUGGAAUUUCUAAAGAUGUUUAUUGAAAAGAAUAAUAAUGUAAUUAAUGAAGUAAAUGUUAAAAAAAUAAAUGAUAACUAUGAAAUGUGUUUGAAAAAAAAUGCAAAUAUUUUCGAAAAAUUAAAUUGGAAAAGUAUAGAUUUUUACAAUAUUAAGGAUUUUUACAUGGAUAUUGAUAAUAUUAAAAAAGAGGAUAACGUUGAAAAUUAUGAUUUUAAGCAAAAGGAUGAAAAAUGGAAAACUGUUUAUUCCAAUGUAUGUCACACAGAUUGCGACAAUGAAAAUAAAGAUAGAACAAAAAAUGAAGAAGAAAAUACCAGUUAUAAAAAUUGCGAAAAAAAAAAAAAAUCAUAUAAUGAAAUUCAUACCAAUGCUUCUUAUAAUGAAAUUAUAGGUAUUGAAUAUAACGUUAAUAAUAGAAAUAAAACAAAGAAUGGCAUAGUUACAAAUAUAGAUACUAAUAAUUUAUCGUAUGAUUAUUGUAUAUUGGAUGUAGGAGGAGGUAAAGGAGAUUUGGGUAUAUAUAUUUCAUUAGCUUUUAAAAAUGUAUUAGUAAUAAUAUUAGAUAUAAAUGUAAGUUCUCUUAUUAAUUGUUUUAUUAAAAUAUAUGUGAACAAAAUUAAAAAUGUUUUAAUAGUUCAUGAAUCUAUAUUAAAUUUUGAUUUUAAAAAAUAUAAAAUCGAUUUAAUAGUUGGGUUGCAUUGUUGUGGAGGUUUAACUGAUUACACAUUAAAUAAAUGUAUCAAUGAAACAAUACCAUUUCUUAUUUGUUCAUGUUGUUAUACUAAAUUUAGAGAUUUAAGAAAAUAUAUAUUUGACUUUAAAAAUUAUGGUAUAAUGAAUGAAAUUAGUAAUUAUAUUUACAAAAAAGGGUACGAAAAUUGUCAAAUAAAUCAUGAAGAAACUAAUAAAAAUGACAUACAAAUUAAUGACAUGAAAUGGCAAAGUAAUGAUUUGGUUAAUUAUACAAAUAUAAUCAAUUUCGAUAGAGACGAUAAAGAUGGAUCCUAUCAAAUCGAAAACUGUAUAGAUGGUGAAAAUCAUACCGAUGAAGAAGAUAAUAGUGAUUGCAACAACAAAAAGAGCAAAUAUGAUAAAUAUGGUAAAAAAAAAAUUCGAAGAAGCAUACCAACUAUAUAUUCGUUUGUUAAUUUAUUAUCAAAAUUAUGUGAAAGUGAAAAUAUAAAUAUAUCACAUAAAUGUAUGCAUUUAUAUAAUAAUAUAAGAUUUUGUAUUUUGCAAAAAAUAUUUAAUGACAACAAUAAGGAAGGAAAAAAGAAAAAGUUAACAUUAUCUUUGCAUUCAUUCCAAAUAGCCUUUUCACCAAAAAAUAUAGUUUUAAAGGGUUAUUUUAAAUAA